CUUGCCUCUGCAUACUUUCACUUUCACUUUGCUUGGCAGCAGCAAGAAGGAAGCUGGAGAGAGGACCGGUCCGAACAAAAAAAACUUUACCAAGUUAUAGACUUCUCAGAAACAGUGUUGUUACCCAGAAAGUGCUGUAAACACUGUCAUUAUUCAGACAUGAUAGUUGGCAACUUGGGUGAGAACAGCCCUGACGUCAUGACCGGUGCUGAGCAGGAUGAUCAGGGGGAACAGCCCUUGAGGAUCAUGCUUCUUGGGAAGAGCGGGGUGGGCAAGAGCUCGAGUGGGAACACCAUCCUCGGGCGACAGGUGUUUAAAUCCGACAUGAAGCUGAAGAGAGUCACCAAAUACUGCGAAAAGGAAAGUGGGACGGUUAAGGACGUGCCCGUCACUGUGACCGGUAAAGGUAAAGAUGUGCCUGUCUCUUUGAUCGACACGCCCGGCCUCUUUGAAACCGACCGUAACAAGGAGCUGAUUGUGCGAGAUAUUCUGAAGUGCGUCAAACUGCAGGAACCAGGACCUCACGUCUUCGUGUUAGUCGUCCCCGUAGGAAGGAUGACUCAGGAAGACCAAGACACCAACACGCUGAUCGAAGUGAUGUUCGGCCCGAGAGUGUGGGACUACACCAUCGUGCUGUUCACCCACGGCGAUCGCUUGGAUGGGAAAACAAUAAACGACGUCAUCACGGAGAGCGAGGACAAUCUCCGCAACUUCAUGCGCAAGUGCAGCGGCGGCUUCCACGUCUUCAACAACAAGAAACCGGAGGACCCGAACCAGGUGACGAGCUUCUUGGCAAAGAUCCAGACCCUGGUGGCCCUGAACGGAGGGAAACACUACCAAAAUGCCCAGUAUCCCAAACAGGAGAGGAAGAUCAGGGAAAAACAGGAGAGCAUCCUGGCGGAGAGAAAUGCUGAGAUCACCGGCAGGGAGACGCAGCUGCAGGAGCAUUUCCAGGGCCAAGAACUGGAGAUGAAGAAGAGGGAGCUGUGGAGGAAAGAGGAGGACAGGUCAAGAGAGGCUGCAGAGAGUUACAUCCGCAGGACCUCCCACAUUUGGAAAUUCAUCUUCUUCCUGGGAGGAAUAGUACUGGUAGGUUUGGCUCUUGGAGAACUAAUUGUGUGGCUUCCGGCAGUAAUUGUGAUUUUGAUUUUGAUUUUCUUCAAGAAGUCCAUUCUACGUCUGUUCAUUUCAGGAAAAAUACCAUGGCUUUCUAAGAAAAUCCAAUAGGUUCAAUAGGCCUAGGUGUGUUUUGAGAUACUUGGUGUCUUCAAAUGAAACUCUGGUUUACAACAUGAGAAGUCAUAUAUACGAUAUGCUUGGCGUCAUGAGAAUACCGCUGCUAAGCAACGGCAAUAUUAACGUUACUGUUGCCGUCUAGAAGCCACAGAGACUAACAAUUUAGCAAGCUAGUAAGUGGGUAAAAUAAUGCA